UCGUUCACUCUCGUAGACAUCACCUCUUGGUCAUUUAGACAGAGACACGUAGUCUCUGCAUCGCAUUGACGUGCCUGGUGUCUCAAUCAACCUUUGUCCACUUUGCCCCUCCAAUCAUCAGACACCCGUCAACACCGGAGACUACAAUAGUCUGCGAACAUCUACAGCAGACUGACCACCUCACUCCAACACCACAACACGCACACCUCCUCCAAACCUAUACAAAGACCACAACCAGAACCAAAGACCAAGACCAGCAACAAUGCUAUCAACUCUCCUCGCAGCCCUCUGUCCGUGCUCCUGCUCCUGCACCAGCCCGACACCUCCCCCACCACCAAACACCACAACCACAACCACUUACAACAACCACCACCACCACCACCCCAACAGCAUCCAAUACCAACCCCCCCUAGAACCCACCCUCACCCUCCCAGCCUACACCCCGCACCCCAACACCGAAACCCUAAACGAAAAGACCCUCGCCCUGCACCUCCGCGACCCGCCCAUCUCCUCAUCCUCCUACAACAACAACAAUUCCUUCCCCCUCGACGAAAAACACCCCUACACCACUACUACUACAACCACGACACCUACCUCAUCCACACCACCCGACGGUAUAUAUAUAAGCAACAACGCAACAACAGCAGACGACGCCUCCUCACAAAUCUCCUUCCCUAGCACAACCCACAGCUACGGAAACACCUCUACCGCGACGAGGGAGACGCCGCCCCCGCCGUAUUCGCCGACAUGGAGGGGUCACGCGGAGGGGGAGGUCGAGGGGGUGAUUUCGCCGGUGCCAUCGUUGAGUUUUUCGGGUGAUGGGGAGAGUAUUAUGGGUUUGGGUAUGGCGUUAGGGAUGGAGAUUUGGGGAGGGGUAAUUUUUUUUGUUUCAUUGUGUUAUCUGGAGGAAUGGUUAAACUUGGCUUUGCUUGGGAUGGAGUUGGUAUUGGGAUGUAUAUACGCCUUAUGAGGCUUAAUGUGGUGUGAUAUUUAAUAUACACGUAUAUGCAAUAUCAAAGGCUAGUAUCGAUAGUCAAGUAUAAUUUCCUGCCAUCUAACUAUCUCA